CGCUCCGCGGCGGGGCGGGAUGGAGCGCGGCGCGGCGGCGCUGAUCCGCGAGGGCUGGUUCCGCGAGACGUGCCGGCUGUGGCCCGGCCAGGCCAUGUCGCUGCAGGUGGAGGAGCUCCUGCACCACCAGCGCUCCCGCUACCAGGAGAUCCUCGUCUUCCGCAGCACCACCUACGGCAACGUCCUGGUCCUGGAUGGGGUGAUCCAGUGCACGGAGCGGGACGAGUUCUCCUACCAGGAAAUGAUCGCCAACCUGCCCCUGUGCAGCCACCCCGACCCCCGCAAGGUGCUGAUCAUCGGCGGCGGCGACGGGGGCGUGCUGCGGGAGGUGGUCAAACACCCGACCGUGGAGUCCGUGGUGCAGUGCGAGAUCGAUGAGGAUGUGAUCCAGGUAUCUAAAAAAUACCUCCCAGGCAUGGCAGUGGGCUAUUCCAGUGCUAAGCUGACAUUGCACGUGGGAGAUGGUUUUGAGUUCAUGAAACAGAAUCAAGAAGCCUUUGAUGUGAUUAUCACAGACUCGUCUGACCCCAUGGGUCCUGCAGAAAGUUUGUUCAAAGAAUCUUAUUACCAGCUGAUGAAGACAGCCCUGAGGGAAGAUGGGAUUCUCUGCUGCCAAGGUGAGUGCCAGUGGCUGCACCUGGAUCUCAUCAAGGAGAUGCGGCAGUUCUGCAAGUCCCUGUUCCCGGUGGUGGAGUACGCCUACUGCACCAUCCCCACGUACCCCAGCGGCCAGAUCGGCUUCAUGCUCUGCAGCAAGAACCCUAACACAAAUUUCCGGGAGCCAGUGCAGCAGCUCUCACAGCAGCAGGUGGAGGAGAGGAGUCUCAAGUACUAUAACUCUGACAUUCACAGGGCAGCAUUCAUCCUGCCAGAGUUUGCACGGAAGGCCCUGAGCGAUGUGUGAGACCCUGAGCUGCUUCCUUGCUCCAAGUUGGACUCUGAGAUCUUCAGUGAUGUGGCUGGGAUCUUCUCAGCAGACUGCAGAUUUGCUCUCCACUGUGUGGGAUUGUUUAACCCUUGGCCAGCCAACAUUCCCUCUGAUGUGUUAAGGAUGAUGGGGCAUAAGCCAGAUAAGACUCUUGAAAAGGUCCAGUGACUUAUUGCCUGAGGUCAAAACUGUUCUUUCCAGUGCUGGAAAUGUAAGAUGUCUUUUUCCUUUCAUCCCUGCACCCAUUCUAAAUUCUCCCAUCCCAACCACACUCCACACCCCUCCAGCUGAUGUGAUGUAUUUAUAACUGACACAUAUUUCUGUCUGGUGGGCUGGGAACAGUCCAAAGGGUCCCUGACUCAGCCUUAAACACAGAGAGACAAAGAGAGAGAGCUUUGUGCACAGUUAGCUCACUCUCUCCUCGUGGGAGCUCCCUGCUGCUGACACUUUUGGACUGGUAACAGGUCUGAGCAUCCCACUGCCCUCCUGUGACUCCUGCCCUGCUCUGCAGCACAGCUGGAGAAGCCACAGUGCAAACUGUUGCCAUUCACCAGAGAUCUCGCUCCAACCCUGAUGGAGUAGCAGUAUUAAACACCAGCCAGGCAUGCUGGCAGCAGUCUUGUGGCUUUUUUUUUUGUUAAGGUUGCUCAUUUUUUUAAUUGGUUAGAAACAGAAGUGCUGAGGUGCCAACAGGCUGACUGCUGUUCUUAUCUCUGCCCUCAGAGAGGUUCCAAAGAAUGUUUAUCAAUAUGGUGAUAGGUUAUAUAUAUAUAUAUAUGUAUAUGUGUAUAUAUAUAUAUAUAUAUAUAUAUAUAUAUAAAAGCAAACCUUAGCUGCAUUGCCUGAUGUUCAGUACUGAUGUUGGGGAGUUGGUUGUGCUGGCAAAUCUCUCAUCUCAGUCAUGCUGAGAUGCCUCAGGCCUGGGUGUUUGCAAGUCCUUAGGAGGCAUCAUUAUUUCCAAUGCUGCCCCCAGAUGCAUAAAUUGUUUUUCAUUGUACACUGUAAGAUGGAGCUGCCUUCACUUCUUUACUUCUGUUCUGAAGAUUCUGUCCCCCUGCACUGUGGGAAUCACCCUCCCAGCACAACCACUGUGCCAUUGUCACUCCCUUGCACUCAAUUAAACACUUGGCUCUGGUUAAGGUGACAUCAAUGUGGGUCAGUGUUCUUUGGGGGGGGAAAACAGAGAUCCUGAAGGUUUGCUGUGCUUCCAGGUGCACCCUCUAGUUGGUCUGGCUUCCUCUCUCACUUAUCUUUAGGGAUGAUAAGUUAUCAUCCCUAAGAGGAUUUGUGGGGUCAGUACUCUCCUGCUGUCUUCCCUUACUGAUGGGACUCAGCACUUCUUUCCCAGUGUCUCCUUCUACCACCAGUAUUGGUGCAGUUUCUUUGUGGUCACAAGGGUUUGCAAAGCAUUGCUGAGCUGCAGAGCUGAGUCUGGGUCUCUGUAUUCUUGAGUUGAGAAGAUAACACCUAUUUUUCUCUUAA